ACCCGUGGGAGGUUCGCACAGAACGCGUCAUCAGUAUGCGCACGUUGCUGUGACAACCCUUCUGCGGGGCGUCAUGUUGCUGUUUAGCCGUGACAUGUUAGCUUUCGACCGAUGAUGGCAAAAACAUGCAGCGCGGACAAGUUGUGGGACUUGGCCGCCGCCGAGGUCCAGAGUCGGGAGAGAAGCGCAGGAGAGGACGCCGGUGCUGGAGCAGAACCAGGCGGGGAGAGGACCGUCUUUCUCAUGGGAAGCAAGGCUGGGGGCAAAACGUCUAUUCUGCUCCGAUGCCUGGACAGGGAUGAACCAGCAAAGCCCACUCUGGCUCUGGAGUACACAUUCGGCAGGAGAGCCACAGGCCACAACACGCCCAAAGACAUCGCCCACCUGUGGGAGCUGGGAGGCGGCACUUCCUUGUCAGAUCUGGUGCAGAUUCCCAUCACUGCUGCCAGCAUUAGGUCCCUGUCCGUGGUCUUGGUGUUGGAUCUGUCUGCUCCAGCCGCCCUGUGGGCCACCAUGGAGACCUUGCUACAGGUGGCGCAGGCCCGCGUGGAGCAAGCCGCUUCUCAGGCACGACUUGUCAACAAGAGCCGAGCGGGGUCCAAGCACUCGGCGUCCUUGGCCUUCGCCGCGCGCGUCCUGCCCAAAGACUUCCCUGACCGAGAGCUGAUUAGCCCCUUUCCAGUUCCUCUGCUCAUCAUCGGCAGCAAAUAUGACCUUUUUCAGGAAUUGGCGUCGGACAAGAGGAAAGUGGUUUGCAAGACGUUGCGUUUUGUUGCCCACUACCACGCCGCCUCGCUGAUUUUCAGCAGCAUCAAGUCGGAGAGCCUCAUGUCCAAGACCAAAAGCUUCUUCUCCCAUCUGGCCUUCAACGUGGACACAGGGAGAACGCUGUCGUGUGACUCCAGCAAGCCCCUCCUCAUUCCAGCAGGUUCCGACUCUCUCAGCCAAAUCGGCUCUCCUCCCGCGACGGACGUGGACAUGACUUCCCUGCACGCCAAGAACCCCAAAGACCUCUGGAAGAAAGUCUUUGAGCGCGUCUUCCCUCCAGAGAACACCGGCGAGAAGAAAGAAGUCAAGGAUCCGGCCAAGGACCCGCAGUACACCGAGCUGCAGAUUGACGCCAUGCGGGCGCAGAAAGACCAGGAGUUGGAGGACUACAAGAAGGAGGCAGCAAAGUCCUGGAAAGGCCUCCAGCUGGACACGUAGCCAGACGGACCGUAUCACCGCAUUUCCCCAAGAGAAAAU